AUGGGUGACAGCUUGGUGCCCGUCACAUCUUCAUCCCCACAGAUGGAGAGGAAGAUGAGUGCUAUGGCUUGUGCCAUCUUCAAUGAGCUUCGCCUGGAAGGGAAACUCUGUGAUGUGAUCAUCAGCGUGGAGGAGAUUGAAUUCAACGCUCACAAGAACAUCCUCUGUAGCUGCAGCCACUAUUUCAGGGCUUUGUUUACCAGCAGCUGGAACAGCGCAGAGAAGGUCGUGUAUAAAAUCCCUGGCACUUCACCUGAAAUGAUGAGGCUCAUUAUCGAGUACGCCUACACCAGGACAGUUCUGGUCACGGUUGACAAUGUUGAGAACCUGCUCGUCGCAGCAGAUCAGUUCAAUAUCAUGGGCAUCAUCAGGCUCUGCUGCGAGUUCUUAAAAUCCCAGCUAUGCCUGGAAAAUUGCAUCGGCAUCUGCAGACUCACAGAUCAUUACCACUGUCCUGACCUGCAAGAAGCAGCCUCUAUAUUCAUCCUCCACAACUUUGAGGAGAUGACCAGGGAGUCUACAGAGUUUCUAGACCUCUCUGUCAAGGAGCUAACGCACAUCAUUGAGAGGGACGAGCUCAACGUCAAACAAGAAGACACCGUGUUCGAGGCUAUUCUGAAAUGGAUCGGUCACGACCCGCAGAACAGGAAGCAGCACAUGGCCGUCUUGCUGGGCAAGGUUCGACUGGCACUGAUGCAGACAGAAUACUUCAUGAGCAACGUCAAAGUGCACGAUUACGUGAGGGACAACGAGGAAUGCAAAGGUCUCAUCAUAAACACACUGAGGGAAAUGUACAACCUCAAUAUGCACGGCCCCUCUUACUCGGACUUUGUGAACCCGCUCAGUCGGCCUCGCCUGCCCUACGCCGUCUUGUUUGCCAUCGGAGGCUGGAGCACGGGGGGCCCGACCAACGCCAUCGAGACAUACGAUGUCCGCGCAGAUAAGUGGGUGAAUGUCACAUCUCACCAAGAAAGUCCCCUUGCCUAUCACGGCACCGCUUAUUUAAAAGGCUUUGUCUACGUCAUCGGAGGAUUUGACAGCAUGGAUUACUUCAACAGCGUCAAGAGGUUUGACCCGCUGAAGAAAACAUGGCAGCAGGUGGCACCCAUGCACUCGCGGCGCUGCUACGUCAGCGUGGCCGUUCUCAACAACUUCAUCUACGCCAUGGGAGGGUUUGAUGGGUACAUGCGCCUCAACACAGCCGAGCAGUACAAGCCCGAGACGAACCAGUGGACGCUGAUUGCUCCCAUGAACGAGCAGAGAAGCGACGCCAGCGCAACCACGCUGCAUGAAAAGGUGUACAUAUGCGGUGGGUUCAACGGGAACGAAUGCUUGAUCACAGCUGAAGUCUAUGAUGCCACAACCAACCAGUGGACCCUGAUAGCCCCCAUGAGAAGCAGAAGAAGCGGAGUGGGUGUGAUUGCGUACAACAAUGAGGUGUACGCGGUAGGAGGAUUUGAUGGAGUCAACCGGCUUCGCAGCGUGGAAGCUUACAACCCCAUUGCCAACACGUGGCGCGCGGUCCCCACCAUGUUCAACCCUCGCAGCAACUUUGGCAUCGAGGUGGUGGAUGACCUUUUGUUUGUGAUUGGCGGCUUUAACGGCUUUGCCACGACUUUCAACGCUGAGUGUUACGACGAACAGACCAACGAGUGGUACGACAUCCAAGACAUGGGCGUGUACCGCAGCGCUCUGAGCUGCUGCGUGGUGCCGGGUCUAUCCAAUGUCGGGGAGUACGUCGCCAGACGGGAUGGCUCCACGGACAACUCUCCAAAUGAAGUCAGGUUCACUUCUUCGACAAGUAAUCUGCCUGUGUAA